GAGAGAUGGCGGAGGUGCUUGUUGCAAUAAUGAAGAUCAGUUUUCCAGUUGGUAUUAUUCUUAUUAUUGUUGGGGGCAUAUCAAUAAUAUUGAUGUGUGUGUAUGGUGAAGAGUGGAGCAAGUCCCAAAGGAUUAGGAGGAAGUUAAGAAUGCAAGGUGUAAAGGGGCCUCCACCUUCUUCAUUUCUACAUGGAAAUCUUCCUGAUAUCCAUAGAAUCAAUAAAUCUGCUCAUCAACAAGCCAAAUCUGUUCACACAGAUAGUCAUGAUGACGAUCAUCCUCAUCAGGAACGUGACUUCACUGCUUCCCUCUUCCCGUAUUUUGAACACUGGAGAAAACAAUACGGGCUUGUGUACACUUAUUCUACAGGGAUGAAACAACACUUAUAUGUUAACCAACCGGAGCUAGUGACAGAAAUGAACAAGAUUAUGACUCUGGAGUUGGGUAAGCCUACUCACAUAACAAAGAACCUUGCACCCCUUCUUGGCAAUGGCAUUUUAAGAGCCAAUGGCCUUAGCUGGGCACAUCAGAGAAAACUCGUUGCUGCUGAGUUCUUCAUCGAUAAAGUUAAGGGUAUGGUGGGCCUAAUGAUAGAGUCAGCGCAACCGUUACUGACAAAGUGGGAGAAACUUAUUGAGGAAGAAGAAGCCAUUGCUGAAGUUGAGGUUGAUGGAGAUUUGAGAAGCUUAGCAGCUGAUGUUAUUUCAAGGGUUUGUUUUGGUCAUUCUUAUUCCAAGGGGAAGCAAGUUUUUUCUAAACUUAGAUUUAUGCAGAAGACUAUGUCCAAGCAUGGAACCUUCCUUUUUGGCAUCAAAGGUUUCUGGGAUAAAUUAAAUUUCGGGAGAAAGAAGGAAAACAAGGUUAGCAUGAAGGAGAUGGAGACAGAGAUAGAAUCAUUAAUUUGGGAAUUAGUGGAGGAACGCAAACGAGAAUGCUCGGAGAAAUCAAAUUUGGAAAAAGAUUUGAUGCAGUUACUAUUAGAAGCAGCAGCAAUUGAUGAAGGUUUACCCAAGAACUUUGGGAAGCAAUUCAUUGUGGAUAAUUGCAAGAACAUAUAUUUUGCUGGCCAUGAAACCAUUGCUAUCACGGCUUCUUGGUGUUUGAUGCUUCUUGCUAAGUACCCGGACUGGCAAACUCGUAUUCGGGAUGAGGUCGUUGAACUCUUUCCCAGUGGCAUACCAGACGCAGAUUCUCUCCCUCUGUUGAAAACGUUGAAUAUGGUGAUUCAAGAAGUGCUACGUUUGUAUCCACCGGCAGCCUUUGUUUCAAGGGAGGCAUAUGAAGAUAUUCAAAUUGGAAACCUUCAUGUCCCUAAAGGAGUUUGUUUAUGGACCCUGAUUCCAACAAUGAAUAGAGAUCCUGAAAACUGGGGACCAGAUGCAAAUGAAUUUAAACCAGAACGGUUCAGUGAGGGUCUCUCUAAAGCUUGCAAGUAUCCACAAGCAUAUGUACCAUUUGGAUUGGGUCCUCGAUUGUGUCUAGGCAAAAAUUUUGCAAUAGUUCAGUUAAAGGUUGUGUUGGCACUCAUCAUCUCCAAGUUUAGCUUCACUUUGUCUCCAAGUUAUAAGCAUUCUCCCAAAUAUAGGAUGAUUAUAGAACCAGGAUAUGGUGUGCAUAUCCUUAUUCGAAAGAUCUAAUCCAUGUUGCCAUGAGCAUUUGGAAUUUCAUUCUUAUAUAUAUGUACUUGUUCUAUGAGGUGUUGCUUCUAGUUGUUGUUAAGCUUAUAUAGUAAUAUGCUUUUUUAAGUUUUAACGAGUAAUGAUAUAUGAAUCACUCCAUUUCACACA